ACACAAUCCUUGUUUUGCAGUACUGUAUGUUAUAUAUUAAUAAAUAUUUAGAUCUAAAUAUUUAAAGGCUUGAAGCUGGAUUGCUGUGUUAUAAAUUACUUGUAACAAUGACAGAUUCAAAGUAUUUUACUACCACCAAGAAAGGUGAGAUCUAUGAGUUAAAGGCAGAAUUAAAUCAAGCUAAGAUGGAUCGCAAGAAAGAAGCAGUCAAGAAGGUUAUUGCUAUAAUGACGGUUGGCAAAGAUGUUAGUGCACUAUUUCCAGAUGUCAUCAACUGUAUGCAGACAGAUAAUUUGGAACUAAAGAAGCUAGUUUAUCUCUACCUAAUGAAUUAUGCAAAAACACAACCAGACAUGGCUAUUAUGGCGGUAAAUACCUUCGCUAGGGAUUGUGAUGAUCCAAACCCACUCAUACGUGCUCUCGCUGUUCGUACAAUGGGUUGCAUUCGUGUAGACAAAAUCACUGAAUAUUUGUGUGAACCAUUGCGAAAAUGUUUGAAAGAUGAAGAUCCAUAUGUGAGGAAAACAGCUGCAGUCUGUGUUGCCAAGUUGCAUGAUAUCAAUUCAACUUUGGUUGAAGAUCAAGGAUUUUUGGAAUUGCUUCGAGAUUUGUUGUCAGAUUCAAAUCCUAUGGUUGUGGCUAAUGCAGUUGCAUCACUCACUGAAAUUGCAGACUCAUCCCCCAGUGCUGUCCAAUAUUUUGAAAUGAACUCAGCUACCAUAAACAAACUAUUGACAGCAUUGAACGAAUGCACAGAAUGGGGCCAAAUUUUUAUUUUGGAUUCUUUGGCAAACUAUGUUCCAAAAGAUGAGAAGGAAGCACAAAGCAUUUCUGAACGUGUUACUCCAAGAUUGUCACAUGCUAAUGCAGCAGUCGUAUUGUCAGCUGUAAAGGUAUUGAUGAAGCUAAUGGAAAUGAUGACAACAGGAAAUGCAUUUGUUCAAAAUUUAGUGAAAAAACUUUCACCUCCCUUAGUGACCUUGUUAUCAGCUGAACCUGAAGUACAGUACGUUGCAUUGCGAAACAUUAAUUUGAUUGUCCAAAAAAGACCUGACAUCUUGCGAAAUGAAAUCAAGGCAUUUUUUGUGAAGUAUAACGAUCCUAUUUAUGUGAAGUUGGAGAAGCUCGAUAUUAUGAUCCGUUUAGUGUCUCAACAAAACAUUGCUCAGGUGCUGGCUGAACUGAAGGAAUAUGCAACUGAAGUUGAUGUUGACUUCGUUCGAAAAUCUGUCCGUGCAAUUGGUCGGUGUGCUAUUAAGGUCGAGCAAUCUGCAGAAAAAUGCGUGACAACUCUGUUGGAUUUAAUCCAAAACAAAGUGAACUAUGUGGUGCAAGAGGCUAUUGUUGUGUUGAAAGAUAUCUUCCGUCGAUAUCCGAAUAAAUAUGAAAGCAUUAUUUCAACAUUGUGUGAAAACUUGGACUCUUUGGAUGAACCUGAAGCUAGAGCUUCCAUGAUCUGGAUUAUUGGAGAGUAUGCUGAACGUAUUGACAAUGCUGACGAGCUGUUGACCACGUUUUUGGACGGCUUUUCAGAUGAAAACACUCAAGUUCAACUUCAGCUCUUGACAGCUAUUGUGAAACUGUUUUUAAAAAGACCGACAGAUACACAAGAGUUAGUACAACAAGUGUUAAGUUUGGCAACACAGGAUAGUGACAAUCCUGAUCUUCGUGAUCGUGGUUAUAUUUACUGGCGUCUUUUGUCAACAGAUCCUGCAGCUGCGAAGGAAGUUGUGUUGGCUGAAAAGCCACUGAUAUCGGAAGAAACAGAUUUGAUUGAACCGAGCUUGUUAGAUGAACUAAUCUGCCAUAUAUCGAGUUUAGCCUCUGUUUAUCAUCGUCCGCCAAGCUCUUUUGUUGCUGGUAAAACACCUGUCCGCCGUGCCACUCUUCCACCUCGUGCAGGUGGUUUGGAACAAGCAAAUGAACCAGAUGAGAUGGCAGCAACUAAUCUUGGACCAACUCCAACCUUGUCACAAGUCGCAGGAAAACCACUAGCCCCAGCACAAUCCCAACCGCCCACAUCUGACUCACUUCUCGGAGAUUUGCUUGAUAUGGGUUCCUCGUACAAUGCGCCUGUCCAACAACCAGCUCCGCCCAUGCAACAACCAAUGCCAGCUGUCGAUUUGCUUGGUGGUGACUUAAGUAUGCUCUCUACUCCAAUGCCGUCAGCACAACCUCCUAUUGGAAGCGGUGGUGGUCUUGGUGAUCUCUUCAGCAUGCAAAGUGCCCUUCCUAGUUCUGGUUACGUUCCACCAAAAACCGUGUGGCUCCCUGCUGCAAAAGGCAAAGGGCUGGAAAUAUCUGGAACAUUUUCUCGGCGAGGAGGACAAAUGUAUAUGGAUCUCACUUUCACGAACAAAGCCAUGCAAGGAAUGGGUGGUUUCGCCAUACAGUUCAACAAAAACAGUUUCGGUAUUACUCCUACUUUAUUGCAAGUUCAGUCACCGCUUUUACCUAAUCAAUCAGCUGAUACAUCUCUCCUGUUGAAUCCUGGCGGCCCGAUACAAAAGAUGGAACCAUUAAAUAAUCUUCAAGUCGCCAUCAAAAACAACAUCGACAUUUUUUACUUUAGCUGCUUAAUGCCUGCGAACAUUCUUUUUCUCGAAACUGGAACAAUGGAUCGUAAAAAGUUCCUAAGCACGUGGCAAGAGAUUCCAGGUACUAACGAAGUUCAAAACAACAUCACAGUGAAAGGUCUUAAUUCGGAAAGUAUACAAAGUUUGUUGGAGGCUAACAACGUGUUUACGAUUGCAAAGAGAACAGUUGAAGGCCAGGACAUGCUGUAUCAAUCCCUACUACUUUUAAAUCAGAUCUGGGUACUUUCUGAAGUCAAAAUUAUACCUGGUAACCCUGUAAUACAGCUAUCAGUUAAAACAACAGUAUUGGACGUCGUGCCCAUGAUCCAAAACAUCUACCAACAAGUUCUGCAACAAUGAAUCAAACCAGCUUAGAUUUUCUCACCAAUUAUUUUUUUUUAGUUUUCGCUUCUGUCCUAUUGCUUUCGAAUUAUAUGCAAUAUCAGUCAAACUUGAUAGACUUAAGUGUCACUCUAAUCCUUUUUGUAAUUCGUAUUGUUUUAGACUUUAGUCAAUAUUUUUUUGGAUGUAGAAUUAUUGUGAAAUAUAAAAUGUGGGAUUA